AGCUGAAAAGGGACAGCUGGGGGGGGCACAGCCCCGGUUGCUCGGUGGGGACACGUUGUGGGGUCCGUGCCCGCCGUCCCGGUGUGUGCCCGCAGCAAUAAACCCGUGCCACCGCCGUGCCUGGGGCUGCUCCUGGUGCUCCGUGGGGCCGUGCCGUGUCCCCCCCCCUCUCCGUGCCUCCUCCCCGGUGCUCCCGGUGCCGCCCCCGCCCCGCCCCCCGCGUCACGUCCGUCCUUAAGAUGGCGGUGGCGGUGCGGGGGCUGCGCCCUGUGGCGGCCCCGGUGGGCUCCCGGUGCUGCGGGGCCGGUUCGUGGGGGGCCCGCGAGCGCUCGUACUGGCGGGCGCUGCGGCGGCGGGUGCUGGGCCCCCCCGUGCCGCCCUUCUCGGAGCCGUGCCAGGUUGGCACACCGGUGCUGCGCGCCCCCGCCGCCGCCGUGCCCGCGGAGAGCCUGGGCGGCCCCGAGCUGCGGGCGCUGGCGGCGGCGUUGGCGGCGGGGCUGCGGCGGGGCCCGUGCGUGGGGCUGAGCGCCCCGCAGCUCGGCGUGCCCCUGCGGGUCUUCGCCGCCGAGCUGUCGCCCGCCCGCUGCAGCCGCUACCCCGCGGCGCUGCGCAGCGCCCAGCGCAUCGAGCCCUUCCCGCUGCGCGUCCUCGUCAACCCUGCGCUCCGCGUGCUCGAUGCCCGCCUCGUCACCGCGCCCGAGGGCUGCGCCAGCCUCCGCGGCUUCUCCGCCUGCGUGCCGCGGCACUGGGCCGUGCACGUCUCCGGCGUGGAUGAGAGCGGGCAGCCGGUGAGCUGGGAGGCGUGGGGCUGGGCCGCCCGCGUCAUCCAGCACGAGCUGGACCACCUGGACGGCGUGCUCUUCAUCGACCGCAUGGACAGCAAAACCUUCGCCAACACCGCCUGGAGCCAGCUCCUCGACUGACCCCGCGCGGCCGCGGGGCCACGCCGGCACCGGGCACCUCCAGUACGGCUUCAUCGCGGCGGUG